CGCACACGCACGGCCGUUGAGAGAGACGCAGGAGCACACUGAGGAAAAGGAGGCCCAGACCAGACCACCGACGGAAAAAAGACCAUCGCCAACACAACACCGCCCUCUAAAGCGGGAGAAGCAGUGAGGAAGGGAAAAGGAGGGGAGGGAGGGGGAGCCGGCCUAGGGUUUCGAUCCCGCAGCCAUGGACGCCGCCGACGUGUGGGGCCGCUCGUCGUCCUCGUCUUCUUCUUCCGCCGCCGCCGCCGCGAGGCGCCUGCAGGCGCGCUACGAUCUGUAUAUGGGGUUCGACGACGCGGACGCCGGCGGGGAUGACGUGACGGACCCGCGCGGCGGCGGGGCGGAGCCCUACAACUGCCCCUUCUGCGGCGAGGACUUCGACUUCGUCAGCCUCUGCUGUCACAUCGACGACGAGCAUGCCGUUGAGGCUAAGAGCGGGGUAUGCCCCAUCUGUGCUACAAGGGUUGGAAUGGACUUGAUAGGACAUUUGACAAUGCAGCAUGGAAGUUAUUUCAAGAUGCAACGCAGGCGCAGAGUCCGAAAAGUGUCUACUGGGUCCCAUUCUUUGUUAUCCUUGUUGAGAAAGGACUUGAGAAAUGGCAGUUUGCAGUCAUUUCUCGGUGGAUCAUCCUAUGUAUCCAAUCCUCCUGCUGCAGCACCAGAUCCAUUUUUGUCAUCUUUAAUUUGUAGUUUGCCUGUGGCUGAACCAUCCAAAGAUUUACAUUCCGACUCAUCUGACAAUAACUUUUUGCUAAAUAAAUUCCCAGAUGAAAAGACUGUAGAGAGGUAUGUCACCUCAAGCUUGUUCUUUCUGCUGCCUCACUCAGCUCCCUCUUUGCCACGAUACCAUUGUAUCUGAGCUGAACCAUCAUUGUCAGAGAAGGAUCAGAAGGAAAGGAUUCAAAGGAGCAAAUUCGUCCGUGGGCUUGUGCUCUCGACAAUAUUUGAUGAUGAUAACUUGUAAAGGAGGUCAUCAAACUUGAUAACAGCAUCACAAUACAGUCAAGGAACACAAAGAGAAUCAUCUGCACUUAAGCAACCUUGCUGCUGCUGCUGCCGCCGCCGUGAACACAAGAGGUUAAGUUCAUGUAUGUACGGAUGGAAUAUUUAUGCAUGUAUGUAUGUUUAUCUCCCUGCAUUUGCCCUUAGUACAACAGGGUGGUAGGGGGAGGAAGGUUGUAGUAUUCCAAAUUUCUGUGUCAAAUAAAUGAGGACACUGUCCUUCGGGUUGUAUUGUGCAUAUAAUAUAGGAAAAGGGAGCUACUCGCCAUGAUUUAGGAUAUUUAUUUAAUUGUUGUAAUAAUAUGCAUUGUUUUAUAUGAUGGUAUCACAUCCCAUUUUUUUAAUGUAAAACUGUUCAUUUACUGUUC